AUGUUGACUUGCCCGGAGUCCUUAGUGGCCAGGAUCUUUAAAGCAAGGUAUUUCCCUAAUACUACCUUUUAUGAGGCCACGCUUGGUGGUAAUCCAAACUAUGUUUGGAGAAGUAUAAUGGCCAGCCAGGACCUUGUUCGUAGUGGUUACAGGCGAAGAAUUGGCAAUGGAAGAAUGACUAAAGUUUGGGACCACCCCUGGUUGCCUGACUCCCAAGACCCGGAUGUUGGUUUGAUUUUACAGACCCUGGUGUGUGUGGAGUUUAAAGAUGAUUGGUUCUGGAUGGGUGAUAUUAGGGGAGUAUAUACGGUCAAAAACGGUUAUAGGUGGCUUAGGGAAAUUAAUGCCCCAUGGGAUGCAGUAUGGAAUAACAUUUGGAAAUUACAGGUUCCCCCCAAAUGGAGAAUAUUCCUAUGGAGAGCUAUUACAAAUGUUUUGCCAACAAUUACUAACCUGGUUAAAAGAAGAGUGGAGAUCCCAAAUGUUUGCCCUGCUUGUGGUGUGCUUGAAGAGGAUGUUAUGCACAUUUUAUGCAAUUGUGUUUAUGCUAGACGUGUGUGGAAUAUUUCACAACUCCAAAUCCCUAACUUUGGUGAUCAUGAUUUUAUGCAGUGGGUGGAGCUUUGGUUGGGAAACUCAGCAACAUCUGCUGGUUUUCUAAAAGAUCAGAUUUGUGGAAUACUCUACGAGAUAUGGAGGGCCCGGAACAUGGCGGUUUGGGACCUCGCAUUACCAUCCCCGUUGCAUCUUUGUGUCGCGUUCCAACACACCUGGGCCGCCUGGAACUUGAAUACUACUCACGGCCGUGCUGCUGCUUUGCCACCAUUACUGCUCGCCAUGCAGCACGACACGCUCCACCAAGCCGCCGCAUCACUACCUCAUGAUGCAGUGUUAUGUAGUACGGACGCCGAUUUUUAUGGGUCCCAACACGCCCCAACUUUCGGAUUCUACGUGCGUAGCCCGGAAGGCGUUUUUGUAGCAGCGGUAAAUGGCCCCCUCUCUUGCCCGUAUGAUCCUCUCUUAGCCGAAGCUAUGACGAUACGUGAGGCUCUUUCAUGGCUACAGGAUCACAACUAUCACAACAUUGUUAUUUUGUCGGACUGCGCGGUUCUCGUUGAUAGCUUUUGGGACGUCAGUUCUUAUUGUUCGUAUCUUGGCAUUAUUUUAGAUUCCUGUCUACGGUUAUUUAAUUCGUUUUCAACUUAUUCCAUCAAGUUUGUACGCAGAGGCACCAACUUGGUUGCUCAUGCCUUAGCUAAACAUGUAGGAGCGGUUCAUGCACGCUCAGUCUGGAGGGAGUCCCUCCCUUCUUUUAUUCCUUCUGAUUUAAGUUAA